ACCCCUUUUUCUCAAAUACCAAACAAAACCAACCGGCCGGUAUUCAACAUCAUUUACACAUAGCACACAUCACGCACAUCAAACAUACAUACAAAAUACAAAAAAAUGCCUCCCCCUCCUAUUUCUACUUCUACCCCCAUUGCUUCUACUUCUAUUUCUCCAAAAACAAUCACAACCGAAAAAUUCGAGGGAUCUCCACAAUUUAGCGAUAAAUCAAUAGGAGAGGCGGCAAAGCUUUUUAGUGAAAAUUAUGGGGUUUGGGGUUUGAAGGCUAGGGAGAAUAUGUUGGGUGGUGAGUUUGGUUAGUUGAUUUUUUUAAUUUUUAAUUUUUGAGGUUUUGGAGUUUGUGGCUUGUUUUGAAGAGAAUGGAUUUGGAGUUUUGUGGUUUGAAAGGUGGAGGAAGGCUGUUGAAUGAAUUUGAAUUUAGAUUUAAAUUUUUCGAAGUGAGUUUUGGGAUUUUGGUGUAUGGUUGGAUUGUCUAGAUUGAAUUUAUUUGUCGGGAUGGGGUGAAGUGAAUUCUGAAUUCUUCAAGUUAAUUAUUGGGUAGACCUUUCAAGUGAAUUAGAUCUUUCAAAUAGGUCGGUUCAAUCUUUUAGAUGGAUUGGAUAGAUCCUGUCAGUAGGUUGAAGAUGUCAGAUAAUUUGAAUCUCUCAACUAUUCAACUCUUCAACCUCCCUCAUCUCAAUCUCUUCAUCUCUACCUCCACAUCACCCCAAUCCUAACACAAGACCCAGGAACCCACGUAAAAUCACCCCCGAAAGCUCCGCUCUCAACUCCUCCCCCCCUCACCAAACAACCUACACACACAUAUUCAUAUUCGUCUCCUCUCCUCCUCUUCCUCCACACCCAUCGGUCACCUCUUCGCUACGCGCUGGAAAUACCAGGGAGAUAAUAUGCUAUGGAUAACCCAAUUAUGCGUACAUGGUCACUACAGAAAUCAAGGGAUUGCAAAACGAAUGCUUCGGGUUCUUAAAAUGAGUGAGAGAGAUACGGAAAUAGAGGGAAAAGAAGAGAAAGUAAGCAAAGGAGGAAAACAAGAAGCACAAAUAGUAGGAAUCCUCAGUACCCACCCUUUUGCUCUAAUAGCCGUUCUAAGUGUCUUCGGAAAUGGAAUAAGAGAUAUUGAUGAGGAUUUAAAUAUGAUGAGGAAAAAGGACUAUGUAAGAGAACUUAUGAAAUCAUGUCCUGUGGAAUAUGUUAGGGAUGCUAAGAUUCGAGGAUCAUUAUUUGCUGAGGGAGAUGAAGGUACGGAUCUAGAUGGGACGGUAGCAUGUGCUAAUACACAAUUUUGGGUGGAUCAUAAGGAGCCGCUUGAUGCUUUGGGAGUACUGAGGGAGAAGGGGAUUGUUUGGCCGUUUGGAGAGUUGCCUGAUGGAUGUGAGUUUAUGGUUUUGGUGAGGAGUAGGUAGUUGAUGAGUUGGUUUUUGAGUUUGGGGAUUUAUGGAUGGUGGAUUUGGGUUUGAGUAAUGGGAUGGAUAGUACCGUUGUCUUGGUCUUUUGAUAACUUCUUAGUUUUCUAGAAUAUCUCCAGAGUAGCAUCCAUUCUACUUCCUCAU